AUGGCUAAAUCAUCAAGCAAAGUUGACAAGAAACUGUCCAAAUCAAAGGAUGUGAAACCUGUUAAAAAGGUUGAAAAAGAAGAAUCAUCAUCCUCAUCGUCAUCUGAAUCAGAGUCAUCAUCUUCAUCAUCAUCAUCAUCAUCUUCUUCUUCUUCUUCAUCUGAGUCAGAAUCAGAAUCUUCAUCUUCAUCAUCUAGCUCAUCUAGCUCAUCUAGCGAAUCAUCCUCAUCAUCCGAAGAGGAAGAGGAGGUUGAAGUGAAGGAAGUCGAAAAGGUUAAAAAGAAGAAGAGAAGUUCUAGUUCAAGCAGCUCGUCAUCAUCAUCAUCAUCAUCAUCAUCUAGCUCCAGCUCAGAAUCAUCCGAUGAUGAAGAGGAAGAAGUUGAGAAGAAAACAGUUAUGGAAAUAAAGAAAUCAAGAAGAGAUUCUACUUCAAGCUCAAGCUCAAGCUCAAGUUCUAGCUCAUCAUCUGAUGAAGAGGAGGAAACAAAGGAAGAAGUGAAAAAAACAAGUAAGAAAUCAAGCUCAUCAAGCUCAUCAAGUUCUGAAUCCGAUUCAGACUCUGAUAGCUCAUCUUCAUCUUCAUCAUCCUCCUCCUCUUCAGACUCAGACUCAGACUCCGACAGCUCAUCUUCAGAUGAAGAGGAAAAAGACUCCGAGGUCGAGAACCCAAAGAAACGUAAGAACGAAGAAGUUGUUGCUGAUGAAACAUUUAAAAAGUCAAAGACUGAAGCUGAGGAAACCGCUGCACCAACAUCACCAGCAGUAGCAGAAGAAGAAGGUGCUACUUUAUUCGUUGGUAGAUUGUCAUGGAACAUUGACGAUGAUUGGUUAAAGAAGGAGUUUGAACAUUUGGGAGAUGUCAUUGGUGCACGUGUUAUUAUGGAAAGAGCUACUGGAAAGUCAAGAGGUUACGGAUACGUCGAUUUCAAGACCAAGGCAGCUGCUGAAAAGGCUCUUGCCGAAAUGCAAGGUAAAGAGAUUGAUGGUAGACCAAUCAAUUUGGAUAUGUCUACAGGUAAGCCACAUGCUUCGAAGGCCAAUGCAGGCGACAGAGCUAGACAAUUUGGCGAUUCUCAAUCCCCACCAAGUGAUACCUUGUUUAUUGGUAACUUGUCAUUCAAUGCCAACAGAGACAGUUUGUUUGAAAUCUUUGGUGAAUAUGGUACUGUGAUUUCAUGUAGAGUGCCUACACACCCAGAUACUCAACAACCAAAAGGUUUUGGUUACGUUCAAUUUUCAUCUGUUGACGAAGCCAAGGCUGCAUUGGAGGCAUUGAAUGGUGAAUACAUUGAGAACAGACCAUGUAGAUUGGACUUUUCCACACCAAGGGACAACAACAACAAUAACGGUGGUGGUAGAGGAGGUUUCGGAGGCAACCGUGGUGGUAGAGGAGAUUUUGGCGGAAACCGCGGUGGACGUGGUGGCAGUUUUGGCGGAAGAGGUGGAUUCGGUGGCAGAGAAAGAUCCGCUACUCCUACCGGCACCCCACAAAGAGCAUCGACUGAGUUUAAAGGAACCAAAAAGACUUUUGAUUAA